UGCACGCUCCACAGCGCCAUGAGAAGGGGAAGUGUGAGCAACAGCAGUGUGAACACAGAGACGAGCGCAUUAUUCUCCCAAGCUGGUCUGAUCAGAGGUGUGACAGAAUGGCUCAAGGCUGCCUAAAGUGUUUGAAGUACACCUUGUGUUUCGCCAACUUCCUUUGUUUUCUGUGCGGUGUGGUAGUGCUGGGCUUCGGCGUCUACAUGAUGGUCAACUUCAAGAUGGCUGCUCUCACCCCGACCUUGGCCAGCUUCAACAUAGCCAACAUGCUGCUGAUCAGCGGCAUCGUCAUCACCUGCGUGUCCUUCCUGGGCUUCCUGGGUGCUCUGAAGGAGAACCGCUGUCUCCUGCUGACGUUCUUCCUGCUGCUGUUCUUGCUGAUGCUGGUGGAGCUGACUGCAGCAUGCCUGCUGCUCAUGUAUGAGGGAGAGAUAGGUAGAGUGGUGAAAGAGGAUCUCAACAAGGGUUUGGAACAGGCCAAAUGGAAGACUAGAAACUCGACAGAUGUGAUGAGUGAGUGGGAUCUGAUUCAGGUGCAGCUUAAUUGCUGUGGAAUCAAUAAUGUGACGGACUGGGCAGACAAAGUGCCCUUGUCCUGCUGCCUGAAGAACUGCAGCAGCCUGCAGGUCCAGUACAGACCAAAGGGUUGUUUGAUAACCUUGCAGAACUUGUUUGAGGAGAAUUUCCUCACCACUGGGAUCUCCGUCAUUGUCCUCUGCAUUGUCGAGGUAUUGGGAAUGUGUUUUGCCAUGACGCUCUUCUGCCACAUCAGUAGAUCCGGACUAGGCUACAAGUUAUAGAAAAUAUAUUCUUCAUCUGCACAUCUUAAAGUUAAUAUUCUUGUACAGCUCUCGUCCUUUGAUCAAAUCAUGUUUGAUCUUAAAUAAGCUUUUCCAGAAACAUCUGCAGAGGACAAAAUUGUGAUUUUAAUAAUCUUUGUUUUGCCAUGAUCCCAAAAUAUGUUUCAACAGAAUAAGCUUUUUAAUUCUCAAGAAAAUGGAAGCUGUUUCAGAGAACUGGGCUUCCGUAACCGAGCGAGAAAGUAAAACGCUGUUUCAGUCUGAAGCUGUUUGUCAAGUUCCUCUCAUCCUUUCUACAUGAAGAGAAUAAUGAAAAGUAGCCGUUUGUCACAUUAAUUAUGAUACAACUUUCUUACACAUCUUUUCAAACUUGAUAACUUUUGGAAAUCCUGUAAUGUACCAAUAAAGCCUUAUUAAAUGCA